UUUUAGUUAUGGCAAUAGUUUCAGUGUCUCCGACUCCCCGAGGAAAAUGUCUGCUUUCGAAAGACUCGAAAAUUAUUUUUAUGUUGAAAAAUAUUAGCUUCUACGUUAUUUAUAAUAAACUUUAAAAUAAUCAGAAAGUUUGAAAAUGGAGCUAAACAUUCGGACCAGUAAAGCAAAGUAUUGUGAAUUGUAGUUGUGUUGGUUUUUUUUUGUGAAACUCGUGAAGUGAUUGUGAAAAGACAUGUCAUAUAGUUGUAUUAAAUUGAUUUGAUCAGUGCUGGUUGUGUAACAACAAUGUCUGACGAAGAGGAUUCUUCCCCUGAUUGGGCGCUUGCCCCCACCAAUAAUGUACCUGUUCUAGGAAUAAAGCGGCUGAAGCAGAUAGAGACGAUGUUUGUGUCGCGGCGGCUGCAGGGCCCGCGCACGCAGGCGCUCAGCGUGGAGACGCUCAUCGACAUGCUGCUGGUGCUGUACGACGAGUGCUGCAACAGCAGCCUGCGCCGCGAGAAGGCCAUCGCCGACUUCAUACUUUAUGUAAAACCAGUCGCGACAGCUUUGAAGCGGCUGCGUCUGUCGCGCGACGACUUCGAGCUCGUGAAAGUGAUCGGUCGCGGUGCGUUCGGUGAGGUGUGCGUCGUGCGUGCUUCGUUUAUGCAGGGCACAGACUGUGGCGUGAACAGCACGGGGGGAACAGUGUCAGCCACGGCAGGGGACAGAGUUUACGCCAUGAAGAUACUCAACAAGUGGGAGAUGCUGAAGCGCGCGGACACGGCGUGCUUCCAAGAGGAACGCGACGUGUUAGUGUUCGGAGACCGGCGCUGGAUCACCAACCUGCACUAUGCCUUCCAGGACGAACACAAUUUGUACCUGGUGAUGGACUACUACUGCGGCGGUGACCUGCUCACGCUGCUGUCCAAGUUCGAAGACCGGUUGCCCGAGGACAUGGCGCGUUUCUACAUCGCGGAGAUGGUGCUGGCCGUCCACAGCGUCCACGAGCUGCGAUAUGUGCACCGGGAUAUAAAGCCUGACAACGUUCUGUUGGACGCGAGCGGGCACAUACGUCUGGCCGACUUUGGUUCCUGUUUGCGAUUGGGGGACGACGGAAAAGUACAAAGUAACGUGGCAGUUGGAACACCGGAUUAUAUUUCGCCUGAAAUUUUAAGAGCAAUGGAGGACGGUCAGGGACGCUAUGGGCCGGAGUGCGACUGGUGGUCGCUUGGGGUGUGUAUGUACGAGAUGCUGUUCGGCGAGACGCCGUUCUACGCGGAGUCGCUGGUGGAGACGUACGGCAAGAUCAUGAACCACGCGCGCUCCUUCCACUGCCCGCCGCCCGACGAGCACGCCGCGCAGGUGUCUGAGGAGGCCAAAGAUCUUAUCCGAAGGUUAAUAUGCGCAUCGGAAACUAGAUUAGGAAGAAAUGGCUUACUGGACUUUAAGAGUCACGGAUGGUUCGCGGGCCUAGAGUGGGACAGCGUGCGCGAGAUGCAGGCGCCCUUCGUGCCAGACGUGUCCAGCCCCACUGACACGUCCAACUUUGAUGUCGACGACACGGACAUACGGUUAUCGGAAGCGGUGCCACCGCCUCGCGCUUCAGCGGCUUUUUCUGGUCUGCAUCUGCCGUUCGUGGGCUUCACCUUCACGGGCGGCUCGCGGCUCUGCGACCUGGGCGCGCCCACGCCGCUCAGCCCAGCCAAGAAUGCCACUAAGCAGGCGCCGUCCAACGCGAGCGACCGCGCCGCCCUCAAAGCGCUGGAGCGUGAGAACGCGUUGCUGGCGCAGACCAUCGCCGACCUGCGCGCGGGGGACGCCGGCGAUACUGCCACAGAAGAGGUGUCGCAGUUGAAAGAAGAAAUAUUGGCGCUGUCAGUGAGGAACGGAGAGUUGGAGGCGCAAGUGAGGAGAUUCGAACAAGUGAACGCGUCGAUAGGCUCACAGGAAUUGUCGUCAUCGCCUCAAGAACUGGCGACGCGGGUCAAAGAGUUGGAGGUGUUGGUCAGCGCUCUUAACCUGGAGAAGGAGGAACUGCUCAAGGACAGGAUGGAUACUGUCGAGAAGUUGCGGUGUCAGGACAAAGAACUAAAGGACGCCGUGUCGCAGCGUAAACUCGCCAUGACGGAGUACAACGAGGUGACCGACAAGCUGUCCGAGCUGAGGCAGCAGAAGCAGAAACUGUCGCGGCAGGUCCGUGACAAGGAAGAGGAGCUAGAAGUGGCUAUGGCGAAGAUCGACGGGCUGCGACAAGACAUCCGACGCGCUGAUAAGUCGCGGAGGGAUUUGGAGGCGAGACUGGACACUGCCAUCUCUGAAGGCGCUAAGGAGCGCAAGUUGAGAGAGGAGAGUCUGCGUCUGCAACGCGUUGAGGCGGUGGAGGCGGCCGGCGGGGCGGGCUCCGCGGCCGCUGACGUCGCCAAGCUGCAGGCGGACAUCGAGGCGCUGGAGAGCCAGUACGCGGAGUCGCUGGCGCAGCAGCAGGCGCGCUACGCGGCCGAGCUGGCGGCGCUGCGCGACCAGAUGCACGAGGGCGACGCGCUGCGCUCGCGGCUCAACAGAGAGUUGCAAACCUCAAAGGAGAAACUGGAAAACCGCCGCUUGGAGCAACUCAACGACAGCGAGGAUAAACAGAUGCUCAUCAACGAGAACAGAAAACUUGCCAAAGAUCUGGAUGCUAUGGCAGAAAAUGGUAGGAGAUGGCAGUCAGAGAGGCGGCAGUUUGAAAUGGAGUUAGAGGAGUUGCGAGCUAAGCGAGACUCAAUGCAACACUGGGAGACUCAGAUAGCAGACAUAAUCCGAUGGGUGGCGGACGAGAAGGAAGCUCGCGGGUACCUGCAGGCGCUCGCCACUAAGAUGACUGAGGAGUUGGACUAUAUCAAGCAUGCAAGCGUCACGCGUACAUUUGGGCCGCCAUCGUCCCCGCCCGCGGUCAGCAGCGGCACGGGCGGCUGGCGCGACCGGCGCUCGCAGAAGGUGGACAAGAUGGAGCUGCUCACGCUGCAGAACUCGCUGCAGUCCGAGGUGCAGGCCAAGCAGGCGGUCGGCGAGGAGCUGAGCAGGACGCGCGCCGAGCUGCUGGCCAGCCAGAGGGAGCUGUUAGAGACCCGGCAGCGGCUGGACUCGUUGGCGCACGACAUGAAGCGCAAGGAGCAGCACAUCCGCGACAUCCAGGCGAAGUUGGACCAGCCGCACCAACCGUCGAACUCCUCGAGGCAAGGUUCUGCCAAAUCAUCGAGCUACUGGAGUGGUAAAGAAGAGAAUGUUUUGGACCGGCCGCCGUCACAAAUGAGUUAUUUGGAGCAAUUCCUGAAGGACGCACCCACAGAGCGUCAUUACGACAAUGUUGCUUCGAUGAACAAUGAACAGAAGAUGUCGCCGCAGUACCGUUACAGAAACGUUCAGCAUUGUUGCAAUGCAAAGAUGAUGUACGGGUCCCAGCAGUCGACGGCACUCAGCGGCUCGGCUGAGUCUCAGGACGAGAUGGAGGGGCGGGCAGCCUCGCCGAUCUCCUGCAAGAGCUCGCCCAGCGAGAUGUCUACCUAUUCACUACAAGACCCUACACUGGGCCCCGCGGUGCCGGGCAAGCAGAAAGUGCAUCAGUUCCUGGUGCGAACCUUCAGCAGUCCCACCAAGUGCAACCAUUGUACCUCGCUCAUGAUCGGUCUAACGCGGCAAGGCGUGGUGUGCGAGACGUGCGGGCUGGCGGUGCACACUCGCUGCUGCGGGCGCGUGGCGCCGCGCUGCCCGCUGCCGCCCGAGCGCUCGCGCCGCCCGCUCGGCAUCGACCCCGCGCGGGGACAGGGCACCGCUUACGAAGGCUACGUAAAGGUACCUAAGCCAGGUGGCGUAAAGAAAGGAUGGAUGCGGCAAUUUGUCGUGGUGUGCGACUUCAAAUUGUUCCUUUACGACAUAUCACAAGACAGAAACGCUCUUCCAUCUGUAUGUGUUAGUCAAGUGCUGGACAUGCGGGACCCUGAGUUCAGCGUCACUUCAGUCAAAGACUCGGAUGUGAUACAUGCGAGCAAACGAGACAUACCGUGUAUAUUUAGGAUAUCUACGUCACAACUGGAAGGCGGUAAGAGGUACCACACUCUGAUGCUGGCGGAGUCGGAGUCGGAGAAAACCAAGUGGGUGGUGGCGCUGAGCGAACUGCACAGGAUACUGAAGAGGAACAACUUGCCCGACAAAUGUGUGUACAGCGCGGCGGUGCUGGCGGACGCGACCGGCGCGGCGGCGGUGCGCGGCGCAGCGUGCGCGUGCGUGGUGGAAGCGGCGCGCGUGUGCGUCGGCGGCGAGUUCGGCCUGGCGUUGCUGGACCUGGAGCGCGCUGAGGUGGUGCCGCGUCGCGCUGUUGCACCCGUGCACCGGCUGCGUUACGUGCCCGCGGAGCAGUUGCUCGUGGUGAUAGCGGGUCGCGGCAGACACGUGCGGCUGGUGCCGCUGCGCGCCCUGGAGUGCCCCGAGGCGGAGAGCGUGAAGCUGGGCGAGGCGAAGGGCGCUGUCGACGUGGCGGUCGGUGAGCUGAAUUCGUCCUCGUACGGGUUCGCCGUCGUGUGCAAAAGACAGAACUCGUGGGUGGUGAUAGUGUACGAAAUCACGCGCACGGCAGCGCGGCGUUGUCGCAUAGCGGAGCUGCGUGCGGCGGCGCCAGUGCUGAGUGUGCAGCUGCUGCGCGGGCGGCUGCUGCUCGGCUACCGUGGUGGACUAGUCGCGCACGCGCUGCGGCCUGCGCACGACCCGCACCCGCACCCACCCGCUGUCUCAUUAGUACACCCAGAAAACCAAGUGGGCGUGUUCCUGGCGCACUCAGGCGCGCGACCGCUGUGCGCUCGACCCGCGGGCCAGGACUGGCUGCUGGUGUUCAGUGCGCUGGCGCUGUACGUGGACCGUGCGGGGCUGCGUGCGCGCGACACCGAGCUCAUGUACACCGCGCACCCUGUGUACCACGCCAUCAACGACACCCACCUGUUAAUAUUCACGACGUCGCACAUCGACAUCUACGAUAUCGAGUCCGGCGAGUGGGUGCAGACCAUUAAUUUACCGAACGCUCGUCCGCUGGACGAGGCGGGCUGGAUCGUGCUGGUGGGCGGCGCGGGCACCGCUUUCCCCUUCAGCGCCGACACCGCGCCCUACCUCGUGUACCUGCGGCCUCUGCUCACGCAGGGACCCCUGAACGUGGAGCACACGGUGUACGGCACCAACAAGCGACGGUUCUCCGUGCGGGAACAGUCGCAUCAGGCGAUAGAGGCUCACAAUAGAUUAUCGGAACGUCGCUCGAAGUUGAUCUCAGCCCCAACGAACUUCGCGCACGUGUCGCACAUGGGCCCCGGCGACGGCAUCCGCUCGCAGCGCCUGCUCGACCUGCCCACCACCGUGGAGACCGCCGACCACGACCACCACCACCAGCAAAUGUUCGGUAGUCGGGACAGCAGUAAACGGACGUCGCCACUGACGAUAUCGCAUCCCACCGGAUCCUACAACGGUUCGUGGCGCGGCAGGUCUCGCGAUGCGCCGACAGAAGCUCCCCCCUCGCCGCCUACUCACAGAGCGAUGGAAAGGUCGGUGGGCGGCGGCUCGCUGGGCAGCGGCUCGGCGCUGGAGCGCUGCCUCACGCCGCUCAGCCUGGGCAGCAUGAGCUCGCUGCACGACGUGCUCAAGGUGGGCACAGAGCUGGGCGAGGGACUGCAGUCGGAGGACAGUAGCGGCGCCUCCCCGCCGCACCCCAACGACCCCUGAUGAAGUCAACUGGACACGUAUUGGAAAAUCGACAUGUCCAGGUUUUAUGCGUGCUUCUGUUAACGCACGACGCGUUCGCUCGCGACUUACGAACGAUAACUCGACUUGCGUGCAGUGGUGUAACUGACUUGUGUGUUAUAUUGAUAAACAGUGAGUUUGUGCUAUAAAUCGACUGUGUGACUUGGGUUUUGUACAUGUUUUUGACGUAACUGAAAACAUUAUAUGUAUACAGGUAUACAUGGAUAAUAUGCUAUAUGAAUAAUUUGUUUUUGACAUCUCAACAAAUUCACAAACAUAUAUAAUACGAGAUAAACAAUGUAAACAAAUAGUUAACAUGAUUGUUUUAAACAAAUAAUAAUUGAGAUAAUAGUCACUCUCUUUCCCAUGUAACUUUUUGUAAUGGUCAAGUUGUUUGUUUGAUGUAAUCUCGUUAAACGUUAAACAUGAAGGUUCGAUUUAAAUAUUUUUUCUUGUCCACGAGUCAUACCUGUAUACAUAUAUUGUUUUAGUUACGCAUUAUCAGUAUGGGAUUUGCGUGCCAUCAAUCACAAUAUAAAUAGUAUAUAUUCAAAGUAAAAUGCACCUUCUUUAUUAUGUAUUAAAGUUUUAUUUACAACAACUCAGCUCCUGUUGUUUUUAACUCUCUGAAUAGCCAACUUUUAAACAAGCACAUUACAAACUUACUGCGUUCCGCCGUUUCUUUUUUAAAGAUUUCUUAAUAAUCCUUUAAAAAAAUACUUAAUUAACUUGUUAAAGUGUUUUUAAAAGGAGGUUCAAUAAUGCAGAAAAUUCAACCUUAUUUAUACAGAUAUUAGGUCCAUUUACCUUUGAAUUUACUAUUUAUUGAGUUUUUUAGCAUGCAAAUCUCACACUUGAGUAUAAAAUUAGCGCGAACAGACUGAAAGACUAAUAAAUGAUUCGUCUUAGUCUAAAAAUAAAGAAUAAUUGUAUUAUUCUGUCUUGCAUACAAUUUACAACCUUAUUCCAAUUGUAUAAGGUAGUUAAUGAAUAAACGAAGAAAAAUCCUUCAAAUUUUCUGCACUUUUACGACACAUAUAUACUGUGUCGUCAUAUUUGUUAGAUGUUUUAUCUGAAUAAUGUAAAAAUGUGCGAGAGAUAGUGAAUUGACACUUGUAUGAGAGUUAGACAAUAUUGAUAUGAUGUCAAGGUAAAAUGAACCUAAUAUUCAGUGUAAUAGAGUCUUGAAUUCUGUGUUGCUUAUUUAUAACAUGCAAAAGUAUGCCUGACAAAUUUAAGCUCUAGUACAAGACAAUUAGGUAUAUUUUGCUCUGUUAUUAUUCAUGUACUCCAAAUUGACUUAUGAUGUGAUAUUUUCUGUAUCAAAAUACACUUCUAUGUAAAUAUGUACUUAAUGUUUUAUAUAUCAGGAUUUGUCAUAAAUACUUGUUUUGUUUUAUAUGCAGUAAAGGACGCCAAUUUUUUACUAUUUUUUAACUAUAAUUUAAAUAUUUUUUUUUAAAUAAUGUACUCGCAACUCUCUGAGAACUACAUAUUUAAUUUUAAUAAAUAAAAAUCGAGGCUAUAAUUUAUUUUAAUUGUAAAAUAAAUUAAGUAUUUAAUUAAGUUCAGAUAAAACGUCUAGCAAACUGUAGUUGUUAACGUAUUUUGAAUUUGACAUUACAUAAUAAUGUUAUUCGAUAAUUAACCUAAAAUCGUUAUAUUUAAGGGAUUUUUGAUGACAAAUCGGUUUUAUUAAAGCUAAUCGACAAUUAAUAUUAAGAUAUCUUCCAUUAUUCCAAUUUUUACACUUAAAUUUUUAUUAAAAAAAAAUCAAAUAUAAUGAACUAGUGUUUUAAAAAAAAAAGAAUAUAUAGUCUGUAUUUGUACGUGUUGCAAUAUACUUUUUUAUAAUACAAUCAUCACAAUGUAAAGUAUGGAUGAAAUUGAUAUAGUAUUCUAUUUCAUGAAGACCGUUGGGUUGUAGUAGUGCUAUGCUAAAGAACAAUACUAUUAGUGUUUUCUAAGAAGAUUAACUUCUAAUUUAAUUUAAUAACUUAGUUGAAAUUGACUGAAGUUAGUCCUUGACUAUAAUCUCACCUGAUGGUAAGUGAAAAUCCACACCCCUUACGGUUUCUACAUGACAUCGUACCGGAACGCUAAAUCGCUUAGCGGUACGUCAUUGCCGGUAGGGUGGUAACUAACCACGGCCGAAGUCUUCCACCAGGCAGACCUGGAUCAAUUAAAACCUCAAUCAGCCCAGUGUGGGAUCGAACCCAGGACCUCCGUCAUGUAAAUCUAUCGCGCAUGCGCCACGUAGGCUUUCAAAUUUCUUUGCAGACAAGAUGCCAACUGAAGUUUCUUAGUUUAUUAGUUUUUAUUAGUUUUCUUCUAAUGGUAAGCAUUACAAUUAAACAGUGGCGUGCACUUUAUAGAUGCAUAAACGCAAUGCAUACCCUGAGGAUUCAUUAACUACCUCGAUUGGAGGAUUUUCCUUUUAUACAUUUUUACCUAUAGUGCAUACCGUAGUUAAAAACCAUGUUCACGCCACUGCCAUUAAAGCAUUACUUAGUUAGUAAGCACUUUGAGUAUAUUGCAUACACUACAACCUUAUUUAAACUUCGUGAUAUAGAAUAACUAUAAUAUGUAUUUAUUUGUAGUAUUUGGUUCCUAAUAUAUAUAAAUAAAUAAUUAUAAAUACCUACAAAUUGUUUGCAAUAGGUACAAUGUUAUACUAAAAUAGACUCGCUUGGUAUAUAAUACGGGAUACCUUCCAUAUUGCGAUAAUAAUACCUAUAUUAUUAUUAAUAACAAUAAUAUUUAAUAUUAAUAUUGAACAAUGAUAUUGUUAGUUAGAUUUGUACUAAUUAUAAUUAUAAAAAAAAUAUUACCCCGAAGUGGCUUGUAGGUCAAUUAGUAAUGUUGGAAUAAUUUAUUGUAACGCUUACUACUUCGAAUUGACGUACUUUUGAAUUUAGUUAUAAAUUUGUAAUCCACGGUCAUAUUAUAGAAAACUAACGGACGCCCGCGACAUUGUCCGCAAACCUACCCCUACCCUACCCCUAUAUCCGUCUCCUGGUACCUCUACCUCUCCGCCAAUUUUCAGCCAAAUCGGUCCAACCGUUCUUGAGUUAUAAUUAGUUAACACGAAUUUCUUUAAUACAGGGUACUAGCUUUUGCCCACGGCUUCGCCCGCGCCAAAUUCGAGGUAACAAAGAGUCUGUGUACCGAUCUCAAGCUUCCUAUCUUGAAAACUGCGAAAAGUCCCAUAUAAAAUUUCACAACCUCUUUUAAGGGGCGAAUUUUCAAAAAAAAAAAAAUGACGCACUGUCUCAACACUUCCUUGUUCCAUUAUAAUUGGGAGAUAAUUAGGAAUAUUAUGUUUGUAUAUUAUAUAAAUUGUACAAAAAAAUGUAUAAUUGCAUUAUACAAUGUUUAUAUUUAUAUUAUAUCUAUCCUAAUAUUAUAAAUGCGAAAGUGAGUCUGUCUGUAUGUUACCUUUUCACGGCCAUGCUGCAUAACCGAUUUGUAUGAAAUUUGGUAUAGAGAUAAAUUGGACUUUGAAGCAGAACAUAGGAUACUUUUCAUCCCGGAAAAUUCCCGCGGGAUUUGUAAAACAAUACAAUUUUACGCGAACGAAGUCGCGGGCGUUCAGCAGUAUAUAAUAUAUAUUACAUGCAUAUUUAUAGCUUUGGAAUCUAUAAUACUCUUUAGUGAGCUAUAUUUUGUUUCUCAUGUACCGUCAAUUACCGCCGAAAUAACAAAGUUAGUAUAUUACAAUAACUAAGUUAGAUAUAUAAUUUCCCAUGACAAAGGCAUGGCAAUAUAUUUUAUCAUUAACAUUGGCUAAGUGUACGCUUCGUAUUUAUUUAAUUUUUUAUUGAAAAAUACCACGUUCGUGACGUCCUCUUAAUAAAAAUUAUUGAAAAAAAAAUAAUUGUGUACAAAACUAGAUUAAACAUUUUAUAUAUACAUACAUAAAAUACGUGAUAAUUAUAAUAAAUAAACAAAAUAAUAUUGCAUAUUAAUGAAACAAAAAAACUUGUAAUUGAAAAAUUAACUGGAAAAAUAUUCAAAACACUCUCAAAUAAUGUGACAAUCUUAACAACUUUUCUAAAAAUAAUAUAAUUCUUAUAUUUGUGUACUUCUUUAAAAUUAUUUUUAUUUCUAUUUCCUUAAUCGCUAUUCUGAUUAUUUCUACAACAAUACUUCUUAUAACUCGACAAUCUGAGUUUAGAAUUUACCUUUAUCCCUCUCUAUCUAUAUUGUCGUGUUAGAAAGAGAGAGAGACGUAUUCGAGACUCACAAUGUCGAAUUGUAAAAACAUCGUUAAUAAUUACAUUAAUUGAAUGAUUUCCAUUCAAUUGAUUCAAAAAUAUUUCAAUAUGGUCUAUAUUGGCUUUUGUUGUUGAAUUUUUUGAUACAAGAGUUUUUUGGUUCAAAAAUGUCUAUAAUCAUAAAAAUACACACACAUACAUACACACAUACAUCAUUAUAAGACACUGUUAAACACUACCACUUUUAUAAACACUCAAUCUGGUAUACCACAAUUAAAAAUCUACUGGUAAAUAUACAACAAUCUUCAUGCACCAUCUUUAAAACAAACAGUAAUUAUUAUCUGUUAUAAGUUUCAAGAUUGAUACACAAUUAUCAAGAUUGUUAGUAAUGUUGAAUAGCUAUUAAGAGUAAUUAGGCUUUGGUAAAUGUCCAAUAAGUAUAUAUAAAGCUGUAUAAUAUGCGUGCAUUUGUAUAUUGUAUAGUUUGUAUGAUACAGCUGUCAUACAACACUUAGGCCGGGUUCACACUACUCCGAACUACCAUAUUUGCCGGAAAUCGGACAGAGAUGUGCACAUUACACCGGAUCCUACAAAAAAAUCGCAUAGUCAAGUCGAUUCUGGAUUAGCCUAUUAUAUAUAAGCUAUUUAAUAUGGCAUUCCGUCUAGGGGGGCACUAGAGACGACCGUUAAAAAACGAGCACACAAGUUAAAGCAAUUUCAAAAUCCAUUUUAAAUUGAUGUUGGUUAAUACGUAAUAGUUGGUUGGGUAUAAUGUUGGUGAAGGUAGGUACGGGUUGCCAUUUUUUCAUUAUUUGCAGUUUACAUAAAGAUGGGAGGGGGGGGGGGAUUUUUAAGGGAAGAUUGCAGCUUAAUUAACUAAUCGCCACUGUAAUCACUUCAGUUGAUUUUGGACCUACGGAUCCAACAAAAAUGUCAAGCUCGGUAUUUUUGCCCGAUCCGGGAUAAUGUAAAUAUCUUCAUAUAAAAAGUACAGCGUUCCGGUAGUCUUACCGUUUCCAAAUCUCCCGGACCGGCGUAGUGUGAACCCGGCCUUAUAGUGCUACAUAACACUGCCAACAAGUAGUUUUGUUACGGUCGCUGGUUUGCGCAGUUGUUGUAAUGACCAAUUUUACUUAGUGAGCGUUCACGUAUGUAGGCCCAAGAUACGCCACGACAUAUGUCUUGAAGACAAAGUUAUAUUGUCGACUAGUAGCGCCGAGCCGGAAUUAUCGCUCUCGCAUUCGUUGCGAUAAGACGAAAGAGAAAGCAAUAUAAAAAGUCAGUGUGUAUAGAGAGCUAUAUUUCCAGUUCGGCCGCUAUUCGUCGACUAUCUCUUUUCUUUUUCACGAGAUAUGUCGUGCGCGCCCGGCCAUCUGUGAGCCGGCGUAACGCGGUUUACUGUUUUAUCGAUUCCAUACAUUUGGACAUUUCGUUCACAUUAAGCCGCAUAUACACUGUGCGAGUGCACUGUGCAUUGGUAUGAACUCUAGCACUAUGUUAUGCUAAUAUAGUCAUAUAUGCCUCUACGUUAUGACAUUUAUAUUCAACAGUUAUUCUUUUGAAUGCCAUGAAUAAUACAUGACAAAUGUGUGCUAUGUUCGUCUUAAAAUUGAACCUGCCUACACGCCGGCUGACUUUACGUCCGCUCUUACGUCCCUUAAGGAUAUAAUUGUCUUAAUUUCUACUUAUGCUAGUGACACAUAUAACACAGAGGUUUACAAGACAGACAAUAAUUACGUAUCAACUUAAAUGGUAGUGCAUAGUGUAGUAGAUAUCAUAAAACCACUUUGCAUUUCGUUACUAUCGGUUGGGUGUUGAAAACACAAUGAUACAAAGCGGCAUGUCUGUUUAGCAAAUUGUUAUUUUGUUUUUACUGACAAACAAAUAAAAUACCUAAAUAUAUUCGUAUUAUCGGAUUCCGUUCGACUCCCCACGCAUAAACCCAAGACCAAGUUGUGCACAGUUUAUGAAUAUGACACUUAAUACUUACAGAAAGAAUAAACCAGAAAAGUAUUUAUUUAAUUUUGAGGCGUUCAUAAAUAUUUCAUUGUUUUUAUUUAAAACAAUGAAUUUAUAUCAUAAUGAUGAAAACAUCACACUAUCUUGAUAUUAAAAUAUGAACAUUGAACAAUAAUGUUAUAUAUGAAUUUAGGUUAAAUUAGUAUAAUUUUUUUAUCGUUUAGUGUAAUUUUUUGUAUUUUUUAAUACGAAAUCUCAUAGCGAAUGUGACUUUUUUAUUAUUUUAAUGAAUAUAAUGUAAUGGGUUUAUAAUGUAAGUUUGUGUGGUUUUGGCGACGUUAUUCUAAAGUUUUGCUAUUAUAAGCUUACUAUUGACUACUAUUAUAUUGAAAAUAUAAGAAAAAGUAUAAGAAAAAUAUAAGAAAAACAGCUAAAAUUAAUUCGUUAAAAUUACCAAAUAUAUCAAAAUUAAAAUAAGUAUAAUAAUUGUAAGGAUUUCUUCAUCAAAACCACACAAAUUCAACAAGUACCACAAUAUUAUGAUAAUAACUAGGUAAUUUAUAAUAAUAUUUUUAACGAUCUAGUCUUUUCGUUUUUUUUUUAAUAAUUUUGUGACAGUAAUUAAAUAUGUGACUACGUAUGAAUUGUCUUAAUUUAAGGUUUUAACUAUUUUAAGAUUUUAUUUAGUGAAGUGAGAUUUUUUUAGAUUUACAAAAUGUAUUAUAACUUUUAUUGUAUAUUAUAUUGCUUUCUAUAUAAAAAAAGAUUAAUUUUCAUCUACCUACUUACAUUUAUAUAUUAUGAUCUACAGUGAUUAUGUUUUAUUUAUAUUAUUAUACAUAUUACACGAAUCCUAUUAGUAUUGGAAUUUCAUUUAUUAUAAAAAUUUAAUGUAAUUUAUUAUAUAUUUUUUAAUAAUAAUACAAAUUGAAUAUAAAAAAUGUUUUUUUUUUUUUUUUAAUUUAGUAAUGAUAAAUAACAAGGAAAAUCAAUCUCGUACAUUUCUCGACAGUACACAUCGAGUUUUAUAACGAGCUAAGUUAACUAACUAUAUCUAUUUCAAAAGGUGUUAUCUCUUUCACACACGUCCAAAAAGAAUUGACAAAACUAAUGGUAUCUCUCUUGCACGAAACAUGAAUUUCAAUAUACCGUUAUGAAAUUCAUGCUUUUAGAGACUAAAAGUCGAAUGUAUAUUUACUGUCGGAUAGUGUAUAUUUUUCCUUUAUGUAAUUGUAUAAUGGCGAUAAUCUGAAUCUUCAGGUUUUUUUUUAUAUGUAGCCGGGUCCAGACAAAGCUGUAUAACCGCGCGUUUUUAGACGCGAACUGUUUCCAUGAUGAGGAAUAAAUUGUUUGUUUUAAAAUAUUAUGUUAUAUGUCAUCGAUCACGAUGAAUUUUAUUUAUUUAUUUAUUAUCAUCAUAACUUAAAACAUAACUUAAAGGUAUCAAUUAAGAUGAUGGCUAGUUAUUAUUUAUAAUAUAGUAUUGUAAAAUGUGCCUUGAGCUAUAUGAGCGUGACAGGCUUAAUUAUGAAUACGUUUUUACUGCGAACAUGGGUCUAAACUAUAUCUGAACAUCUUCAAGACAAGAGUGGUAAGAAUUUAGACAUUUUAUAGGCAAGUGCGUUUCAUUUUGGCUUUUGUUGUCAAGCGUCAGCCUUUUGAUCAUAAAAAAAUUCUAAGGAACUUUACGUUUCCUGUUGAACGGUCAUUCAUCGAUAUUAAUUUUAGAAACCCUGAUUCUAACUUAACUAAACUAACUUAGUACCAAUUAAAAGAAAAAAAAUAAAAAAAAAAUCUUUUUUGCACAAAAUAUAGAAAACAAAUCAAAUUAAGAAAUAACAAAUUAUAUUCCCGUCAUAAUAAAUACUUUCAAAACCCUCUAAAUUAUAUUUUUGUCACAUAACGUAACUAAGUAACGUAAGUUUUUUUCAUAUGGCAAGCAAUUUCUGCAAAUGAAUACUUUCUACUUUAUAUAUUAUUAUUAUUGAUUUUUGAUCCCCUAUUGAUAAGUCGCAUGGUGUGGACCCGGCUUAAAAUACAAUGUAUAAUAGUUUAUACAUAUUUAUCUAAAUAUAAAAGUGCACAUCCAAAGAUCUACAUAGUCUAUCAAUGAGAGUGGUAAUAAUAAACUAGUGUUUUAAGUUCUUGAUUUUAUUUUCAAAAAUAAAUGAAUAAAAAUAAAAAAGCGUGUAUGUACCAGAAAGAACUGAAUCGUAUAAAUAAAAUGUGAAUAAUAAUAAUUAAUUAAAUAUUAUUUGUAAUAAUUAUAAUUAUUAUGUAUUUGAGAAGAGAUGAUAUUCGGGAUUUUUAAAUAAUAAUAAUUGUUAUAUAAUCUGUGUAUACCUGUUGAUUGCAAUGAACUAUCCAUUAAUAAUAAUAAUUAAUAUUCAAUUGAAUUAACAAAUAAAUGGUUUGUUUAUAUAGAAAUGUCCAAUGUCUAUAUUUCUAGUCUGACAUUCACAAAGAGUGUUAUUAAACUAGCUAAUACAUCGGAAUGUAAAUACAGGCGAGAAAUAUGAAUUUAAUAUCCAAAAAAUUGGAAAUUUCUGUAUGAAUACCCUUUAAGAGGUUACACUUUUGUACCAAUAAAAAGGCGUCCCUAAACUUCGUUAUACUAGAAAGGGUGUAACCUCAAACAGUUUAAUUAAAAUAAAAUCUAUAACCAUUUUAGUAUACAAUAAACCGUAAUCGGUAAUCAAUUGGCAAUGAAUGAAACCUAAUAAUGAUAAAUGAAAAAGAAUCAAAAUUUGUUAAAUACUCUAGAUUUAAGAACUAAGAGACGUAUUUGUUAAUACUAUUUUAUAAGUUCCAUUUGGGAACAUGAAAUGUUUGUGUAACCGUUUGAUAAUGCAACUGUCAAUUACGAGGGUUUAUAAGAGAGCAGCGGCGAAGAGUGUAUACAGUGCCGAUUCCCACCUGGUUACCUUUUAAAAAUCCAAAUUAAAGGGGCAAGAAAAGAAAAACUCUUAUUUAAAGUCUGCUUAAAAAUACACAGUUCAAACGAAAUUAUUUUGAAAUAACCAUGUGUAUCCAAGUUAUAACAAUCGGGAAACAUAAGGUUAAUUUUAAGAUUGUUUUGUUUGGAAUGGGAAUCGUACAAAAAUUUCCCAUCUUGCGAAAUCACAGUAUGAAAAUUAUUUAAAGAGAAAAAUGUUUGCAACACCUACACAAAUGAAAAAUUAACAACAAAGGGAAUUUUCGACAACAUUAAAAUUAAUCAAAUUAAAUAAAGCUAUUGUGAAGACGUAUUUUUGCAAUUACCUUCCUAAAAUGGCAUAUUUUCUCCGCUGCGAUGUUUGAAAGUGGGUACAGUAACUUACCUACUUAGGUCAAUUGUAUAGAAAAAAAGUUUAUUUCUGGUAGAAUUAAACAGAUUUGUUUAAUCAGAAAUAAUGAUUGUCCUUCAAUACCUAGUUUUUGAAUCGGAACUACACAUCGCUAUGUCAUAAUUUUGAAUAAGUUACUAAAGUUAACUUGAAUAUUUUAUUGACCAAACAUUCCAAUGUAACAAAUAUUGAUGUGAUUUAUUAAAUGAAUGGUUAUUGGAAAAUUAAUUUUAAGAGAAGGCAAUGAAUAGGAUUUUUUAUGUGUGGUCUUAUGAAGUUUGAAGAAUCAAAGUUUUCCACGUGGACAAUGGCUACUAAUUAUACUUUUACUAGUGAAUUCAGUUUUCCACAAAUCCCGCGGGAACUAUGGAGUUUUCCGAGAUGAAAAGUAGCCUAUAUGUUAAUCCAGAGUAAUAUCUAUUUUCAUUCAAAAUUUCAGCCAAAUCUCUUCAGUAGCCGCAGCGUAAAAGAGGAACAAACAUACUUACACACUUUCGCCUUUAUAAUAUUACAGUGCGUUAUCAAACGGUCACCGUUAGAUGUAGAUUUUGCUAAUGUUCGAGCUCUAUAUAUAGUAAGUAUAAGUCAUUUACAUUUUGUAUACACCUACGUGGAUAGUAUUGUAUGGAAGUAUUGUAGCCAUGCGGAGGGUAGAAAGAAUAUUCUACAAAUAUGUAUACCGAAUCGUUUUUUUUUGUCAAUUAGUGGUGUAGGUUUCUAGUUUAAGUUGGGCGCGUUUUGAACAAAAGCAGCUUUAUUUGCUUUCACACAUCAAAUCAAAAUUAAUUUAUUUCAUGUAGAUUUGAGCACUUGAAACAUAAACUUUGAGUAUUUGUAGUUGGACUAUCACCGGUUUAGAAGGCAGGUUCUGCUGAGAAAAGACGGCAAGAUGCUCUUCAAAAAAAAGUUCUAGUUUAUUACAAUUCAAAUAAAUAGUUAAAAUCAUAACAAUUGCUUUCGUUUUCACUUCCUGUGUGAAGAUGGAAGCUUAUCCAAUGGCAUCCAAGUAUAUAAGUAAUAUUUGUAACAAUUUAAAAACAGAAUACAUAGACAAAAUAUGAAAUUUUUUUUUAAAAUAUGAAAAUUGGUUAUCCCACAGAAGUUCUAAACUGUGUCGUGGUUUGUCUUUAUCAUUAAGAAAUUCAUAAAUUGAAAUGUCAUAGUAUUCCCAGUAGAGGGGUAAAAUCGUUAACCCAAUCGUGGUAGGGAAGUAAAGUCGUUAACCCAAUACUAAGCCCGUCAUUGGCACGAGCUUUUUUUACGUCCGCUAAGUAGUCUCGUGCGAAUACGGGCUUGACUUCAUACUAUAUAUUUAUACGUUAUUUUAACGUCCGUUAAAAAAACUAUCGUGCGAACGAGGGCUUAAGCUAAGCUGACGUUACAAACGCGCCCACUUUGAAUGCUUACCGACAAUCACACUACACUAUCUCUCAAAAUUAUGAUUAACUAUAGAAGAUCUCUUUAUGACUUUUUUUUUUGUUAUCUAUGUAUUAUGCCCAUACUACAUUGCAAAGGGAACUUAACGCUUGUCUAAUUAUUGCAAAGUUACUGAAAUAUUAUGUACCUUUUAAUAUUAUGCUUGCAAAAUUAAAUAAAUUACACAUAGUAAACUAUAAUUAUUUACCGCACUUUGCUAUAUUUACACUGUUUAUUGAGAACUGCGAACAAAUAUGUAGAUAGGUACAUAUUAGUAGGUACCUGCCUAAGCAAAACUUUGACUAAAUUUCCUUUUUUUUUCUUAUAAAAAACACGCGAUGUUGCGGAAACGGAAAGGAACUAAUUUAAUAUCUUCCAUUCCAUAUUAUAAUGUCUAAAAUAGAUGUGGCGCCCAAAAUUCUUUUUUUUUAAUAACUUUUUUAUUCAUGUUUUUUUCUGUUUUAAUACUUUGUCCAAAGUUUUGUAUAGGUAACGUUACCUGGAGGGCUUAUUCUGUAACGAUGUUGUAUAACUCGCAAGUGCAUGUUUCGAAUUAACCUCUAUCUUCCUCUUGCUAUAGUAUCGUGUUAGACAGAGAGAGAUAGAGGUGAAUUCAAAUCGCAAUUACGAUAUAGAAUAGCCUGCCCUGCUGUUGUCGAGACCGGAAAAAGCAAUUUACGGGCAAGUAAGUAAUAUUUGCCCGCAACGUUGGUUAACGUUGGUUAAUUGUCUGUUCGACCAACACCUGUAUCUCUACUUAGUACUUUUCUUCCAAGUCCAACACGCUAGCAAUAAUACAAAAAAUAAACGUAAACGAAAUAAACGAAUAUGAAAAUGUUAUCACGAAAUAAUACACAAAAAUUGUAUUAAAAAUAUCUUAUUUAAAUAGUAGGUACAACAAUAUUUUUGAUUUAUAAGCUAUUUUCGAGCAAAAGUGGAAGAAAAGUACACAAAUUCUGAGCACUAUCUAUUUGUAAUAUUAUAUUGUAAUUUGCUGAAUUGAAUACUACUAGAUGUAAAUCUAUUUACUAUCCUUGUAUCUAGACCUUGUACCCGCAAUUAUUAUUAUUUGUAUGUAAAUCUAAAUUAUUGACUAAUAUUAUUAUUGCAUUACGCGAAAUUAUCUCAAUACUGUAACUUAAAUAAUUAUUUCAUGUAAAUAUCUGAAUAAAGACAAUUGAAUUA